CACUUACCAGUUUUUUUUAUUUUCGCUUGUCAAAAGCGCGUCCAGUGCUUGUAGAUGAAGUAUGAUAUUCUCUUUAUUCUGUCCAUCCUUUCAUCGGCCUACAUUAUCCUCUUCUUGUUGCGUCGAGAUCCCAAAGCCAUUCUGCUUUAGCCGUAGCAUUCAGCAAUCGACUUCUCAUUUCUCUGACUUUUGUCAUUUCGCAGAGUUAAUCUUAGAGAAGUCGAUUUUUUAUUUUUAUUUUUUUCAAAAAGCAAAAAUGGAAAAGGAAUUUGGAUUCUUUUCAGAGGAACGGAUGCUGCCAGGGUCAAGCCUAGGGUCAGCCACGGUGUCUACAAUGGCGUCUUCCAAUGUCCUCACAGCUGCACCGUCCUUAGAUGUAGAAAUACCACCGCUACCGCUUUCCCCAUCACUUAAGCGUUCCAGAGGACGUCCUAAGAACGCAUCGCAAGCACCACAACAGCAACUUAUAAAGUCAAGAAGUCAGCUACAUCCGCGUCCGUAUCAAUCUUUGCCCGCCGAACCCGCGGUCAGGCUAGAUCAAUCGCUUGACAGGUCGAUACCUUUGCAAUAUGUUUCCGAGUAUCAGAGUCAGGACCCCCCGGAUGCUGAGGAACGAUCCGUUGAUGACAUGAAUGACUGCUCAGGGAUUAAACCAAAAACGCUUGCCUCAUAUCAGCCCACCUAUCGUCUGUGGAAGGCAUUUUGUGAGAAAUAUCGCGAACGGUAUGAAGAUAAAGAUGGUCGUGCCCUAUAUCUGGUGGACUCACAGGAUAAAGUCGUUUGUUUUUUUCGAGAAGUCAUCCUCAAGAAGACUAUACUCAAGCGCACUAAACCAGGAGCAGAUUUCCGUACGCACCUUGCCGCUGAGGAGGAUUCUUCGGCUAUACACGGGGUUAGCCUAGUCGAAAUAUUAUAUCGUUUUUAUCGAAACUUCCUCUCUCCCCAUAUUCUCCUCGCCGUUGGCCUUUGACAUAGUAAUAGAAGCUGCUCCAGUCGAUAAAACUGGUAAAAAAACCGUAUCGGUAUCACUCGGUACUGAGACUAUAAAGAUGGCUAAAAAGGCCCUGAUUCGAAUCCAUUCACUACAGGCCGAGCGAAACGAUGUGAGUUGGGAUCUUUCGCCAUCUCAAAUGAAGCUACUCCAAACCAUCCUUAU